AUGCCAAACAAUCCAGAAAGAAGAAUAAUUAAUGGUUGUCAUACUUGUCGCACUCCAAUUUACGAAGGCGAGCCAAUUUACACUAGUUCCAAAGGGCAAAGUUCUGUCUAUACGAAAGGUGCUUAUGCCGGAAAAGUUUUUGGGAGUUAUGGUGGCUACGAAGUCGGAGGUCAUGCCGGACACCAUAGUGGCACGUAUGCCUCGGAAAAUUGGGCUCAAU